AUGAUUAUUAUUGGUAAAAGAGAUCAUCAACAGAGGAUGGAGAUGGCCGAGCCGUUGAGAUCCUUAAUAGAUCAAUUAACCAAUUGUGAUAUUGAUAAGUUGCCCGAACUUUUACUGCAUAAUUUAAAAUGGCAACGUCCACGAGGUGAUUUAUUCCAUUGGAUCCCACUAUUAAAUAGAUUUGACGAAAUUUUUGAACAAAAAAUCAAAAAGUACGCGUUGGAUCAAGAAUGUGUCAAGUUGCAAUUGAUUUCCCAACAGGAUGAAGAACUUCUUGUUGCAUGUCUUCGAUUCACUUACACGUUGUUGGAUCAUUGUUCAGAUAAACAGGUUUAUUCUAGUAGUGAAAGAAUUUAUGAUUUGAUAAACAGUCCGUCAUUAGAAAUUAGAUUAAGAGCUUUGGAAGUUGCUGUUGUGCUUGCUGAAAAAUAUGUUCAAACAAGCUCGUCAAGAUUUUCAGCUCCAAAGAAUAUCAAGAACAAGGUUUUGGAAAUUGCAAAGUCAUAUCCUCCAUUGGUCCCUAUUGAUAGUACUUUAAAAUGUGCUGAAGAAAAAAAUGCACAAGAGAAUCCUGAUGAAAAACCAAGCAUCAUUGGAGAUCACUUUAACUUUGUAUACACAUUAAAUUCAGAUAAAAAGUACCCUUCAAAAUGGAAGAGUAUUAAUUUCCAAUAUUAUAAAUCCAUCCCAACUACCAUUAACAAUGGAACUAUUGCAUCCAAAUCUAAAGAAAAGGACAAGGAAAAGGAGAAACAAUCACAACAACAAGUCACUGUAACUGAAGGUUUGCAUUUAUUUCAUUUACCAGAAGAUUCAGUGAAAAGAUUGUCCUUGCAACAGCUUUUGGAUAAAGGACAAGAAGUAUUACCAAAAGAUGCAUGGUUCAGUUAUGGAAUUCAUGCCGAGGUUGCAAAAUCUUUUAAUACCAAUACCCCUGAGGCAAUGAAUUUGAGAGAAAAAUUAAUUCAAAUCAAAUGUCUUGCUGUCGGUUUUACAUGCUGUAUGUUGUCGUCCCAAGUCACAUCAACAAAAUUGUUUGAAGCCGAACCUUAUAUUUUUAGUUUCUUGAUUGAAACUAUCCUGCCAGAGAAUGCUAAAUUGGUAUCAAAGGCUGUCUAUUUUGCUGCAAUCCGAGCAUUAGAAUGUAUAUCUUUCAAGAAAAUAUGGGGUGCAGAAAUGGUACGUACUAUGGGUGGUAAUGUCAGCCAUGGUAUGUUGUACCAAUGUAUAAGGCAUAUUUGGAAGAUGGUGAAGGGCCAAGAUGAAGAUUAUUUUGAAGAAGGUCACAUUCAUUUUUUCAAUAUGGUUGGGAACUUGAUCAGUAACAAAGGUUUAGUUCCAAAGCUUACCGCUGGUGGUAUCCUCAAUGAUUUAAUGCCAUUUUUGAACUUGCGCACCAAGUAUAGAUGGAGUUGUUCAGCAGCUGUGCAUUUAAUCACUAUGUAUAUUUCGGCUGCACAAGAUUCACUUAAUGACUUUGUUGCUAAUAACGGUUUCAAUUUGUUGAUUGAAAAUAUUGGCUAUGAAGUUGACUUUGCAUUGGAAAACCCAGAUUACAAUGGAGGCGCUCCUAAGGAUGCCAUUGUGUAUUAUUCCAUCACUCUUAGACAAGCAAAUUACAUUCGCAAUUUGAUGAAAUUGGUCUCUGAUCUUAUACAAACUGACCAAGGUGAUAGAUUAAGAAAUUUAUUUGAUUCACCACUUCUUGAAAGUUUCAACAAGAUUUUGACUCAUUCGCAUGUAUUUGGACCAUUGAUUUUAGCUGCCACUGUUGAUUCGGUAUUUUUCAUCAUUCAUAAUGAGCCAACAGCAUUUGCAAUUUUAAAUGAAGCCAAAGUAAUCGAUACUAUCUUGGACAACUAUGAGAAUUUGUUUUUACCGUCCAGUGUCUUGUUGAUGUCCUUGCCGGAAGUACUUGGUGCUAUUUGUUUAAACAAUGAAGGAUUGAAGAAGGUAAAGGAUAAACAAAUAAUUCAGACUUUCUUUAAAUCAUUUUAUAACUUGAAGAAUGCUAAGGAAUUGGUAAAGACAGAUAUGGCUACAAAUUUGGGAUGUUCCUUUGAUGAAUUGGGAAGACACUAUCCGACUUUGAAACCUUUAAUUCUUGGCGAGGUCCAAAAACUCAUUGAAGAUGCCAGUGCAUACGUUGAUGAAAGGUUACCAGGAGUUGAAUUUUACUCAUCUAAAGAUGGCUCUCUUUAUGGUAGCAAAGAGGAUGACUCCCCAGUCAAGAUUGAUGGUGAGAAAGCAAUCACUUGCUGGGAAGAUGAAGACUAUACAUAUUUGCUUGAUAAUGUCUAUUAUUUCCUUGGUGGAUUAUUACAAGAUAGUGGUCAAUGGGGGGCUGAUACUAUUCAGAAAAUUAAGUUUAAAUCGUGGGUGAAAUUUUUGACAUUGAAAAAUGCACCAUAUGACUAUGCAAUGUCGAAUGGAAUUUCCUCCUUGAUGGGUAUUUUGAAGUAUUUUGAUGAUGAAAAUAGAGAAUAUGGAUUACCGUGCAUAAUAAAGGAAUUGGACACAAUUUUGUCAUCAGAAGUUGUGCUCGGAUAUAUUGAUUUUGAACAGGAAGAGUCAUAUUUCAACGUUAUUGGUAUUGAUGAAGCAACAGAACUCUUGAAACACCUAAAUACAAUCAAUGUUUUGUUGUAUUCAUUGACUGAAAUCUACAUCAACUUGGGAUUGUUGUUUAACGAAAGGUUGGGACAGAUUAUCCAGCUAUUCAGUGAUAAAGAUUUGUUGACUAAUUUAGUGAAGUUGUUAAACAGAUCAAUAAUGGAAGAAAUUAUAAUCAAAUCCCUUACUCCUGAUGAAGUUCUCAAGUCGACAAAUAAUUUCCCUAAUGACAGUCCACCUUUGCAAGUUAAUGUUGCUGAUCCAACGGAAAUCAAGGCGGAUACUACAGGCACGACAGCAAAAUUUAAAAAUACUUUGCAAUUGCGUACUUUCGCUUAUUAUUUUAAGGGAUAUAUUCCUUUAAUUCUUGCAUCGGUUGUUAGAGCAUGUAUUCCAAAGAGACAGGAUCAUCCCGAUGGUGGGUCCAGACAGGAUGCUGUUGAAAUUCUUUUGCUGUUGGGUGAAAUGUUUACUACUACCAUUAGUAAGGAUUUUGACAAUAAAUACUAUAAAGAAUGCUUUAUUUUGGAUACCGCUUAUAAUGUCCUUUAUAUAUUAAGUCAAAAGGAAAGAAGCAAAGAUCAGGUUUACACACCAUUUGCCAUUUCACUUUUCCAAAAUGGAUUUUUUGAAGCAGCAAAGAAAACUGCCAUCUCAUUAUGGGAUCACUUGUUAGAAAUGGAUCCUAAGGAAGUAGCUGCCACUUCAGAACUUAAGUACAUCAGUACUCAAGAAAGUAGUAUUGUUAAGAAUGCAUUAAGUCAAUUAUUGAUGAUUUUUGCUAAAACGGUGAAUGCUGAUAACAUUACCAACAUGUCACAUGCCAAGUUUUAUUUUUAUCAAGGUUAUGGCAAGAGUAUUGAGUAUUCAUUAACUUCUGCAUUGUUGUUCCAAGUCAGAGGAGAAGCAUUAUCGUUGUUGGAACAAAUUGUUGGUUCUAGAUCCAAGUUGGCACAUGGCUUAGCUAAACAUCCAAGUAAUAUUCCUACUCCAUUGGUUGAACAAGCUGUUUAUAUUACCAAAAAUAUUUUCCAAGCAAAGAAGGAAAGUAGUGGAGCUGAAUUUAUCCCAUUUGAUCCUAGAAAUAUCAGUCCUCCUUCAGAACAGUUUGCCUAUUUGAUUUCCCUUGGGAUGACUGAAGAUCAAGCUGCUCAUUAUUUCGAACAUGGAAAUGAUUUGAAUGAUAUUGCUGCAGGUAAAUUUGUCAAAUGUCAAGAACUUGAAAUAUCUGAUGAACAAUGGAGAUCAAUGGCGACUUCAAUUAAAGAUGAUGGUAUAGAUUUUACCAUUGAAUUUCCAAAGUAUAAAUCUACGGCAGAUAUUAUGAAGGAAAUAAAAUCAGCAAAUUUGGUUGAUACUUGGUUACAAAUGGCAAAAUUAUAUCCUAAGGUUAUUGUAUCGGUGUCUGAUUUAUUUUCUACCGUUUCAACUAACGAGUUUGUCGGUAAGAUAACCAGUUAUUUAUCUGAAGUAACUUGGCCAGUUACUGAUAAAGAAACAUUUGCUGUAAAUUUGCAUUUGAUCUCACUUUUGCUCCAAGCUGACAAGAAUACUAUUAACCAGUCUUCGAUUUAUGAAAGGUUAAUUACAUUGCUUAAUGCAGAUACCAUCUCCAAUGAUACCGUGAAUGAGACAUUUUUCCCUAUAUUGAUGUCCAUUUUGGAGCAGUCGCUUAUUCAUAAAACUGUACCAAUUCCAGAAACCACGAAACAUGAAUCCAUUCAACUUUUCAAUGAGUCAGUCUUGUUUGUUAUGGAUGAUGAAACAAAAGAUAGGAUUUUUGAUGCAAUUAUUAAUUUGCAUGUUUCAGGUGACAUCAAAUCAGCUAGUGGUGUUGCCCGUGUUCUUGUGUUGUAUGCAAAAGACAUCAAGUACGCAGAAAGAAUUUCUGCAUCAGAUGUGCUCAAGGAUCUACUUAAACUUACUGGAACAAAUAUCAAAGAAAAGGUAAUUGCUGAAUCAUUGAAGACUAGUGUGGUUUUGAUUUUCCGUUACUGCUUUGAAACUAAAGAAGUUUUGGAGAACUAUAUGGGUUCGGAUAUUACUAACAUGUUUAAUGGUUCAGUAAGACAUGUGAGGGAUCUUCAAACCUGUUUAAAGGAAAAUUCAUCCCUUGUGUUCCGUGACGGUGGCGUAUUUACCGAUGUUCUUUCCAAGAAUAUUCUUCUUGAUGGAUAUAGUGGAGGUGACUUUUACUUGCAUAAAAUCCCAAUUAGAGUAAAGAAAAAGGACGAAUCCUCGCAAGAUGUUGAGAUGACAGAAUCACAGGAAUCAUCUAAGCCAUGGCAAUCUUUAUCAUUGAUGAAUCAACUUUUGUCCGAAUUGAUGGGUGUUGUUAAAACUGAUUGGUUAUCAGACCCUCCAUCUGACGAAUCAAAGAGUAAGAACAAGGAUGCACCAAUAAACUUAUUUGGUAACGAGAAAUUUUCCUAUGCAUGUUAUCUUCUCCAGACAAUUACUGAAUUAUUGGGUUCCUAUAAGCAAGCCAAAUUGGAAUUUUUAACAUUUUCCAAGAAGACUCAAGAUGAAAUUAAACCACGACCAACGGCAUUGAAUUUUUUCAUUCAUCAAUUGGUUCCUACUCGUCUGUUGGAGCUUAGUUCUGGCGCAGAAUUUGAAAGACGUUGUGCUAUUUCUUCAAUUGCAAAAAUGGCUCUUUUGAGUUUGAUCUCUUCUCCAAUAUCUGCAACUACUGAAGAUCCAGCUCAUGAUAAGAAAGAAGAUAUCGAUAUGGAACUUAUCAGAAGGUUUGUCGUUGAUUUAUUGAUGAAGGUAUUGAAGGAUACUUCUCAGUUGAAAGUUCUGGGAUUAGCUAGAUAUGGUAAAUUGCUAGACUUGUUUGAACUAAGUGGGUUGUUGAUUUCAACCAAAUUCAGAGAUGCUAUUGGUCCAUUGUUGAACAAGCAAGCUACUCAAUACGAUCAAUAUUUUAUAACCAAGAUUUACAUUGAAAAGCAGGUUCCAAACCUCUUGACAAGUUUGAUUGCCGAAUUGGAUUUGAAUUUCCCACAGGUUGAUAAGGUUGUUAAAGCUGCAUUGAAACCAAUCACAUUUUUGGGUAAGAAUAAGGUUGAGUUUCAAGAAUUGUUUUCGAAAGAUGGUAACCAAACCGAUAACAAUGACGAGGACGACAUUUUGCCCGAAGGUGUUGAUUAUCAUGAAGAAACUCCAGACUUGUUUCGUAACUCGACUUUGGGAAUGUAUGACAUUAAUAGUGAAGAUGAGGAUGAGUUUUAUGAUGCUGAAGAUCCUGUUGAACGAAUUAUGUCUGAAGAAGAUUUAUCUGGAACCAGUGACGAGGAAGAUUCAUCAGAACUCUCUGCCAUAGAUUCCGACAUGGACGUUGAAGACAUUGAGAUGGAAGUUGAUCUUGAUGCUGGCGACAGAGAUUUAGAUGAUAUUGACCCUGAAGAAGAUGUUGACCAAGAUGAUGUUGAUCAAGACGAAGAAGAAGAAGAUGAUGAUGAUGAUGAUAUUGAAGAAGUUUCUGAUCUUGGGGAUAUUGAAAUAAUUGACGAUUUAGAUUUGGGUUCUCAUAGUGAAGAUGAAGAUGAUGAUCUUUCUGCAUGGGAUGAUGAGGAAGAUGGCGAUGCAAGUGAAUAUGACGAAGAUGAAUUAGAUGGUUGGAUUGAACAAUUAGAUGAUGGUGAAGAGUCCAGUGAUGAUAUACAAGAUCGUCCGACACCAAGAGAUCCAUUUAAUUCAAUGGAUAAUGUUGAAGAUGGUGGUAUUAGACUGAGAUUUUUUGUUGACGGUGGUAACAUUGAAGAUGAAGAUGAGUCUGAUGUUGACUUGAGUGACUCAGAAUCCAGACUGGAUUUUGAAUUCAGAAUGGUUACUCCAAAUUCUGGUGCUCGAAGACUUAUUGACCAAGCUGGCUUCACUCAGUUGGAAAGAACUUCACCAGCAUUGAGUUUAUUGCUUGAUGGUUUAUUCCGUGAAGGUAACUUUCGAGGAUCAAUUGAAUUUAAUGGCAAUGAAGAAACUAAUAGUGCUACCAUUGGUCGUUUAUUUGAAAAUAUGAUGCAAUUAGGCCGCUCCUCUAAACAUGCUGAGCAAAGUCACAAGUUCCAUAUCAAAUCUACUAAAGAACGUUGGGUAGAUGCGUUAAAAAUGUUCUAUCCGAAGGAUAAAUAUAAUAUGUGCCAUAAGUUGAUCCCAGCAAUUGUUAAUAGAAUUGAAGACGAAAGUGUUUCCGUUUAUAAGAAGAAGCAAGAGGAACAAGAAAAAAUCAAGAAAGAACGGGAAGAGAGAAAACGUAAGCAAUUGGAAGAAGAAGAAAGAAAGCGUGCUGAGGAAGCAAGACAACGUGAAGAAAAUGCCGCUAAUGCUCCAGAAAGAGAACCUGUUAUGGUGAGAAUAGGUGAUCGUGAUGUUGAUAUCAGUGGUACUGAUAUUGAUCCAGAUUACAUUGAGGCAUUACCUGAAGAUAUGAGAGAAGAGGUUCUUGCUCUGUAUGUUCGUGAAAGAAGAGCCAAUGCAACCUCUACUGAUGAUAAUGCUCGUGAAAUUGAUCCUGACUUUUUGGAUGCAUUGCCAGAUAAUAUUCGUGAAGAAAUUCUCCAACAAGAAUCUAUGGCUAGAAGAUAUGCAGAAUUGGAAGCAUCUCAAGGUGAGUUUGAUCUUGAAGAUGCAGAUGCAGAUGCUCCUUUUGAAGUUGAUGAAGAAUUAUCCGUAGGACAAAGACAUGGUCUCAGUGGAACUUCAACCUCGAGAACACAAAAGAAGCCGAGUGGAAGAAUUUAUUUCACACCAUUAUCCGAUAAGCAAGGUAUUGCUGCGUUAAUCAGACUUUUGUUUUCUCCUUUGACGAUUGGUCAAAGAGAACAUAUCUAUCAUGCAUUGCAAUAUAUGUGCAACAACAAGCAAAGUAGAAUUGAAAUUAUGAGUUUGAUGAUUGCUAUUUUACAUGAUUGCUUUAUAGUGAAACGUCCAGUUCAAAAGGUGUAUACUCAAAUUUGCAAUAGAGCUAGUGCUAACAAGGAUGGUAAAAAGCAGUUCAAGUUACCUGUCGGUGCCACACAAAUAUCUGUUGGAAUACAAAUAGUUGAAGCAGUUGACUAUUUGUUGGAAAGAAAUAACCAUUUGAAGUACUUCUUGUUGACUGAACAUGAAAAUAUGUUUAUUUUCAAGAAAGAAAAGAAGAAUGUUUCCAAGGAGAACAAGUAUCCAAUUAAUUACAUUUUGAGAAUCUUGGAAAGUAAGUUGGUUACAGAUGAUCAAACUCUUUUGGAUAUUUUGGCAAGAGUGUUACAAGUGGCAAGUAGAUCUUUGCAUGUAUUGAAACAUCAAAAGGAUCACCAUGAAAACAAUGAUGAAGAUGAAGAAACCAAUAAAGAAGAACAAGACUAUUCCAAACCAUUUACACCUCCACCUCCAGUUAUCCCAGACGAAAAUUACAAACAAAUCAUCAAAAUCUUGACUGGUAAUGAUUGUUCAAAUACGACAUUUAGAAGAACCAUUAGUGCUAUGCAAAACUUUUCCGUGUUGAAGAAUGCCCAAAGAAUAUUCUCUUUUGAAUUAUCUGAGAAAGCCAGCGAAUUGGGCCAGAAGCUUAUAGCAGAUUUGAACAGCCUCACUAAAGAGUUAAUUGAUGGUGGUGGCCCAGAAAGUAAAUCGUUUUCCAAGUUUAGUGCACAUUCUUCUGAUCAAGCAAAACUAUUGCGUAUCUUGACUGCUUUAGACUAUAUGUUUGAAACGAAGGUGAAGAAUAAUGAACAAAGUCAAAAUGAUGAGAUUGAAGAAUUAACUGGAUUGUACAAGAAGCUUGCUUUGGGAAGUCUUUGGGAUGCAUUGAGUGAAUGUUUAAGAAUUUUAGAAGAAAAACCACAUUUGCACAAUAUUGCUAAUGCUUUACUUCCACUUAUUGAAGCUUUGAUGGUUGUCUGUAAGCACAGUAAAGUUAGGGAGUUACCAAUUAGGGAUUGUUUGAAAUAUGAGGCUAAGAAGAUUGAUUUCACCAAGGAGCCAAUUGAAUCAUUAUUCUUUUCAUUCACAGAUGAACAUAAGAAGAUUCUUAACCAAAUGGUGAGAAGUAAUCCAAACUUGAUGAGUGGUCCAUUUGGAAUGUUGGUGAGAAACCCUCGUGUUUUGGAAUUUGAUAAUAAAAAGAAUUACUUUGAUAGAAAAUUACAUCAAGACAAGAAGGAAAACCGUAAGUUGUUGGUUAGUGUUCGUCGUGAUCAGGUAUUCUUGGAUUCCUACAGAGCAUUAUUCUUUAAACCUAAGGAUGAAUUUAGAAAUGCUAAAUUGGAGAUUAAUUUUAAAGGUGAGCAAGGUAUUGAUGCUGGUGGUGUUACUAGAGAAUGGUAUCAAGUCUUGAGUCGUCAAAUGUUUAAUCCAGACUAUGCAUUAUUCACCCCUGUUGUUUCUGAUGAAACAACUUUCCACCCAAACAGAACUUCAUACAUUAACCCAGAGCAUUUAUCGUUCUUCAAAUUCAUUGGACGUAUAAUUGGUAAAGCUAUCCAUGAUAACUGUUUCUUAGAUUGUCACUUUUCUCGAGCUGUAUAUAAGAGAAUCUUGGGUAAGCAGCAAUCGUUGAAAGAUAUGGAAACAUUGGAUUUGGAAUACUUUAAGUCUUUGAUGUGGAUGUUGGAGAAUGAUAUUACCGAUGUUAUAACUGAAGACUUUUCUGUUGAGACAGAUGACUAUGGUGAACACAAGAUUAUUGAUUUGAUUCCUAAUGGUCGUAACAUCCCUGUCACUGAAGAGAACAAACAUGAAUACGUCAAGAAAGUUGUUGAAUACAGAUUGCAAACUUCUGUUGAAGAACAAAUGGAAAACUUUUUGAUGGGAUUCCAUGAGAUCAUUCCAAAAGAUUUGGUUGCCAUUUUUGAUGAAAAAGAAUUGGAAUUAUUGAUUUCCGGAUUGCCGGAUAUUGAUGUUGUUGAUUGGCAAAAUAAUACCACCUACAAUAACUAUUCUCCACUGUCCUUGCAAAUACAAUGGUUCUGGAGAGCGGUUAAAUCUUUUGAUAAUGAAGAAAGAGCUAGAUUACUUCAAUUUGCUACUGGUACUUCUAAAGUCCCAUUGAAUGGUUUCAAAGAGUUGAGUGGAGCAAGUGGAACUUGUAAAUUCAGUAUUCAUCGUGAUUAUGGUGCUUCGGAUAGAUUGCCAUCAUCACAUACCUGUUUUAACCAAAUUGACUUGCCAAGUUAUGAGAGUUAUGAAACAUUAAGAGGAUCUUUAUUAAUGGCCAUCACGGAAGGUCAUGAAGGUUUUGGAUUAGCAUAG